AUGGUGUCCCAAAUGCAACGAGCAUUUGCUCAAAAACUUACCAGUAGCAAGUAUGUAGUUAAUGUUUUAAUUAAAUUAAAUGACAAUACAAAUUAAAUUAAAUUAAUUUUUUUCCUUAGUUUUACAACACCACCAAAAUUGUUUGAAGACACAACUCUUAACCCUUCUCAUACUGGUAAUGCAAAAAACAACAAGCCAAAUGCUUCUACUAAAAUGGACGGUAUUAUUCCUACAAUCGUGGAACCUGUAGACUAUGAAAAUUAUAAACAUCACAACUGUAGUGGUAUAAACAGCAUUGAUAACGAUGACCCUCUGAUGGAAUUUCCAGAAGGCUCAAAUGAUGUAGAUGUAUAUGUUCUAGCUCGUAAAGUACGCACGCUUAUUCCAGCAGGUCCCGAAGAAGAUAUGUAUGUGUGAUAUCUAAGUAUAUUAUAAAUAAUUAUUGUUCUUAAUUUUGGAACAAAUUUAGUUUAAAAACUAUUAAAAUUAUUUUGAUUUUUUAAAAUGUGUGUUUUUGCCUUUACAAUAAAUACCUAUGCUCAAAAACUCCAAAAGAAGUUUAUCCAAAUUUUUUUUUUCUGUAUGCAUGCAAACACACAUUAAAAGUUAAUAUAAUUAAAUUGUAGUUAAACUAGAAUGAAUUUCUUAAUUCUAACUAUUUUGUGUUUUAAAAUAAAGCUCUAAAUUGGCACCUCAUGUACGUGACUUUGUUCGAGCUUACACUCGAGAUUGGCUUGUUGUCGAUUAUGUAUAUAGACAAACAAAUAUUGUUGAAGAAGAUAAAUCUAGUCAGUUGACCUAUGAAGAUACUUGGAUACCUUCUUCCAGAAGCAGCACUCACAGUAGGUCGUCUACCACUUCAGUAUCACAACGGGCUCAACAACGUCAGAUUUAUAAAAAUGACCAUCAUAAUUAUGUAAGUUAUAAUAAUUAUUUUUUACUAUUUUAGUCGUAGAUAGGUUUCUAAAUAAUAACUUGUUUUAUUUUUUAUUUUUGUAGUUACAACAGCCUAAUGAUUUAAUGAAACCUACUAUUAAAAAUCCAUCCUGUACGAGUUCAAAUAGUGAAAAUACAUUAGUAUCAAACAAUAUCAGUAGUAUUUCGUCAGAUCUAAUAAAUACCGCGAAUGAUCCUUUAAUUGGUACUGUAUUGCAGCGAUUACCUAUUGAUACACUUGAUCGAUUAAAUGCUACAACACGACAAGAAAAUAGACAAGUUAGUCCUAACUUUUAUACAAUUUAUAUAAGAACAUACUGAUUUUUGUUUUGUUCUAGAGUCGUCUAUUUGGAUCAUAUUUACCUAUUGUUAAAACUCGGACAAAAUAUAAUAAUUAUAUUGAAUAUCAAGCUAAACCAUCUAUUCCACGUGAAUUUGUUUCUAACCGUCGCAUUCUAGUCAAAUGUCUUCAACUCGAGUAAAUUUAAACAAACUAAUACAAAUAUUUCUUUAUCAUUAUAUUAAUAAUAAUAAUUGUUUUUGUAUUUAAAAAAAAUUUAAGGUGCUCAUUAGAUACUGAAACUGAACCUAUUUAUGCACAUAUGUCGUUAUAUGAUGUCAGGCGCAGGAAAAAAAUGUCAGAAAAUUUUCAUUUUGAUUUUAAUUCAUUCUCCAGUACAGCUGGAAAUGAAAUAGAUACAAAUACACGUAGCCGUACGUGUGUACUUGAUAUAGAUGGUACCGGAUCUAAUUCUGGAGACGAUUUGUUUUUAGUUAUUAGACUAGAGAAACCAUUACGAGGAGAUUCUGAAACAUCAUCAGAUUCAUCAAAAUUUUCUAAUAGUGAUAUGGUGUGUGUUUGUAUUAAUUUAUAUUACAUUCUAUUUAAAUGUAUUGAUUAAUACAAAUAAUUAUUUAGACUGAUGUAAAAUCAACUACUAAAUCAGUUCAACAUAAUAAUGUUAAGUAUCGAAUGCCAUAUGCUUGGACUGCAGUGCAUAUAGCAGAUGUAAUUUGUUCUAAUAGUUCUGAUAGUUUAGAUCGUAAUAGUGCUGGAAGUGGAUCAAACAGUUUGGGUAAGUUAAAUGAAAUUAUAUGUAAAUUUUUUUAAUACUAUUUCAAGGAUUCUAGUUGUAUAAAAUAUGAAUAUAAUACACUAGUUUUCCAGAAAGAUAAUAUCAAUUUUUUAAUAUUUAAUUAAUAUUUACUGAGAAACAAACAAAUUAUUUCUUCCAGUGUUAGUGGAGACCUAGGCAUUUUAUUAUUUUGUGUAAAUUGAAAAUGGCAUAUUUUAUAUAGCCUUAAAUUUAGCACUUUAUUAUAAAUUACAACAACUGUGAAAUUAAAAUUGUAUAAUUAAAUGUAUAAUUUGAUUUUUUAAAAUUAUUUUGAAGUACCCCAAUUAAGGUACAACUGGUUUAGUAUUAUAAUAAAUAUAUUUGUUAGUUUUAGCUUUAUUUAAGUAUAAUUAUUAAUUUUUUGUGUUAAAUUAAUACUAUUUAUAGAUGGUAGAUUUGGGCUCAGCGAAUUUGAUCGGUUUCGUAAAAAAUGGGCUGCAAGUGGUAGUAACAUAGAUUCCAACACUAAUGGUCGUCGAGGAUCACUGGAUCGCAGAUAUUCUACAGUUACUUCCAGUGGUACUUUAGGUACUGUAAAUACUGCUGAUAACCGAUACAGUUGGUCUUCUGAUGAAUAUACUGUCGAUGCAUUUCGCCCAGUUACACUUACUGUUAAUGGAUUUUUCAAACAAGUAUAUAAAUUAUUUAGUUUAUUUUAAAUGCAGUACAUUUUAUUUAUCCUUUUUUUGUAAAUUUUAACUUCAGAUUAGGGCCUGUCUUACAAAAGUUAUAAUUUAUACAGAUACCAGUUAUAAAUAUCAUUAUGUAAUAUGUAUUUCGUAUAAUUUUAUUAAUACCCUAGUUUGUUUUAUUGGUUUAUCUAUAAUACUUGUUUUUAUUUAACUUAGAAUUAAUUAGUAUCAUUUUCAUAAUAAUUGAAAUAUCUAAAUUUAUUUAUUUCAAUGGUAUUUAUUGCAAGUGUAAGAUUACAGAUUUUUAUGAACAAAUUACAUUUUGAAUAUUAUUUAUGUAGAAAAUGCAACUAUUUUUUCCAAAAUCUAGCUCAAUUUUAAUCAUGUAAGUAAUGUAUUAUUGUGUAUUAUUUUUUUAAAUUUAAUUUUGUAGGAAACAGAUAAACUCAAAGAUGAUGAUUUAUAUAAAUUGUUACAAGAAUUAAAAAAACCAUCAAGUUGUCCAUCAAAAAAGUUGAAAAAUGUUAAUGGUUCACUAAAAUUAGACAUAUCACCUUGUCCUACUGAUGAUGUUAAACAAUGUCUGACAGCAGAUCUAAUACCAUUGUUAUCAUAUGAUGUAUCAUGUAAGAUUGUUUUCAUACUUCCAAUCAAUAAAUUAAACAUUAAUACAUUAAUUACUUAUGUGAAUAAAAUUUUAAUAGCUGAGGACAAAAUUCGACCAAUAAGAGAAGUAUUGGAAUUUCCAUUAUCAAGCUGUCAUGUUACAACUCCUCAUUAUGUGUACCGAAAUUUGUUGUAUGUUUAUCCAAAAGAGUUAAAUUUUGCAGGAAGAACAGGUAAAUUGUAAAUUAUCUCUUGAUCAUAUACUUUUAUAUACUUUGUUUUUAAUAAAUUAAAAUAUUAUUAAUACAUUACUGUAAUUAAUAUAUUUGUUUUUAUAAAAUACAUUAAAGGUUCUGCUAGAAAUAUAGCUGUUAAAGUUCAAUUGAUGUGUGGUGAAAAGCAACCUCAGGAUGCGGCAUGUGUUAUAUUUGGGAAAUCGUCUAGUCCUCGAUAUGUUUGCGAAGCAUAUACAGCAGUUAGUUAUCAUCAACGUUGCCCAUCAUUUUAUGAUGAGAUAAAAAUCAAGUUACCUGCUGAUAUAGAUGACAGACAUCAUUUAUUAUUUACAUUUUAUCAUGUAAGCUGUCGACGUCGUGGAACUCUUGUAGGCAAUCAAGAAAGUCAUCAAAACCGUUCACAGAUAGCACCAGAAACAGCAAUAGGAUAUACUGUAUUGAUUAAUUAAUUAAUUUUUUUUUUUAAAUAUUUGUAUUAAUUUGUUUAAAUUAUUUUAGUGGUUGCCUUUACUAAAAGAUAGAUGUUUGAGUUCUGGAGAAAUAUGUUUACCAGUUGCAUUAGAACCACCACCACCUCCAAAUUAUUCUUAUAUUACCCCUGAUGUAGCAUUACCAGGAAUUGAGUGGGUAGAAAAUCAUAAGGGAUUAUUUACAGUCUUUUUGGAACCAGUUUCAUCUAUUCAUCCUAGGGUAUACAUUUAUAUUAUACUAAUAUAUACAUUUUUAUAUUUCCAAAGUAGAUUGAAAUUGCUAACCUACAGUUACAAUUUGCACAUUUGAAUGUAUUUUGAUUUAUAGAUUUUAUAAUUGUUUAAUUUGGUUAUGUUUUAUAUUUAUAGUUAUAUAAUUGGUUUGAUUGUAUCUUGCCUAGUUUAGAUUCCUGAACAAACAUUUGUAUUAAAUUAGUUUAAUUUUUGCUUAGGAUAUUCAUUUGAAUAAUUUUUUCAACUACUGUUCUGUUUUGGAACAUAAUCCUUUACCAAGGAGAGUGGCUGAAUCUAAUAUCGAAGCUGAACUAAAACAUAGGUAUGUUUGCAAUAUUAAAUUUUUUAUCUUUGCAUUUAUAAUUAGCCAAAAAGAAUUACAAUUAAAUAUGUAUAUCUUAAUCACUAUACAAAUGUACACAAUUUUAUGAAGUAAACUGUGUUUUAUUUUAUUCAAGAAUAUUAAAUUUGGUGAGAUGUAAAAUUGAUCCACUGAUUGAAUUUAUACCUGUGGUACUUGAUAAGUUACUUUCUCUUUUGGUUGAAUCGCCUGUUACUCAAAAUCAACAACCUAUGAAUUUGGGACAGACAAUAUUCCGUACAAUAUCUGAUUUAGUUUCAAUGACUAUGGUAAAUCAAAUUUAUCAAACAAUGAAUUCAUUUUUAUAUUGAUUACUUAAAUCUAAAUUAUUUCUUCAACAGAGUCAUUCACAAGGUCAACAAAUAUUAUCUACUUAUGUACGUUAUCAGUGUUGUUGCUGUAAUGUAGCUGCUGCUGCAGCUGCAAACGCCAAGCAUAAUAAUUGUGAAAAUGAACAGGAUGAUAGUUAUCAUACUGAACAUCAGUAUUCUGAAAGGCUUGAUAAAUAUUUUCGUUUAAGGUGAUUAACUUAUUCAAAUAAUAAAUAAUAUUUGAAUAAUUUAAUUUGUGUAAAUACUUUUUCUAUUAUGUAGAAGUAACAGUGAUCCAGAUACAACAAAAAAACCUUGUUCUUCACCACUUUUGGAUGGUAAUACCUUUGCUGCUUUUAAAAACAGUGGAUUAGACAGAGCAUGUAGCAUGAAAACUGGUAUAUAUAUUUACAUAUUUAACAUAUUAAUAAAUGUUUAAUUUUACACUAUGAUGCUCAAAAUAAUUUAAGUUUCUAUAUAAGUCACUAAUUAAGUGUUACAUUAAAUUAAGCUUGUAAUUUGCAGGUCGAUGUCAAGGUGUUAUUCCUACAUCACAAUUUGAAGAAGAACAGCAUCAGAAGUUUUCUUUUGAUCAAAAAAGACCUAAUACUAUCAAAAGUGUACAUGAAGAAUUAGCUUUGCAGUGGGUAGUUGCAACUAGUGCAGUACGCAGAGAUGCUGCAGCUAACAAUUCAAGGUAUAAAUUAAUCUUAAAUUUGAUUAUUUUAAGCAUUAUAAAUUAUAAAUUAAAAUGUACUUUUUUAAUUUUAGAUUCUUUUUUGAUGUCAUAAUCAAGAGUAUGGCUGUUUCAUUAGCAAUGGUACCUGGAGGAUUAGAUAGUGACCGUAAAAAUCGGUUUAGUGAUCAAUUUUUCGAUGAUAUUUCAACAUUAUGUACAAGUUUUGCAUUAGAUAUUGUAUCUAAUUAUGAAAAAGACUCUAAGGUAUACACAUGAGUCAAUAAUUAUAAUUAACAAAGUGUUUUUACUUUAAUGACAUAAUAAAUGGGGUUUUUAUUAUUUAUAAUGGAUAUUAGUUUAAUACAAUACUGCAAAAUAUGAAAUAAAUAACACAUUUUUGAACACCAAAAAAUACAUUUCAAUACUAUAUUAUAUUUUAUUAUCAGUAGGAAAAUUAACAGAAAUAGUUAAUUUGAUAUUAAAUGGAUACUAUACAUUUUUGGGUUUUUUUUUUAUAAUAGAUUAUGCCAUUUAUCAACACUAUAGAAUAGGUAGGGUAUAUUUGUGUUCUGUGAUUGUUUUACUAAUUUAUAGAUUAUAAUUUUUUGAAAUAAAGGAAUAUUAAAAAGGUUUAAUAUUUAAUUUAACUAAAAAAAAACAAAAAUGAUGAUUUGUUUUUCUUAUGUGUGAACUGUUUAUUUAUUGUAGUGUCUUAGUUAAGAUAAAAGUAGAAUAUAAAAAAAAAGGUUGAUACAGCUGAUAGGUGGGCCACUAUUUUAGGAGGAUUAUUGAAAGGUGUAUAUAGAGUAAUUAUUUUAAUUUAUAUUAAAUUUUUAUUUUUUUUUUAUUUUGUAUACGAUGAAAAAGAUUCUAAGCAGAGUAUUGUUAGCCAUUGUUGCCAUGGGAACUCAGAAAUUAACAAAAAGUUAUAUCAUAAAUUGCCAUUUUUUUUUUUAUUUGUUAAGAAAAUUACUAUAAAAAAUCAAAAAAUGCCCCCACCCAAUGCAUCAAUAAGAAAAUUUCUAUUAUAUUUUUUAUUGGGGUCAGAUAUCCAAUAAAAAAAGUUAUUUACAAAUACAAAAAAAACUUCAUAGUGAAAUCAAUACAUUUAUAGCUUUGCUCAGAAUCUAAAUGAAAAAUCGAAUAACUAUUUUAAUAUUUAGCAGGUGAAUAUUAUCAAUUGCAAUUUAGCAUGGUUUUUGCAUGAUUUGCUCUCUUUAGCUGAUAGAGGAUUUAUAUUUGGACUAAUAAACACUUAUGUGAAAACAUUAUUUUCAAAACAGCAAAGUCUCCUUAACCAAGUGCCACAUCAUGAAAAUUAUUCCUCUUUAUCUAGUCUAAAAGUAAUGACAAUACAAUUAUAGUAUUUACAAAUUAAGUUAAAUUUUUAAAUAUUUUACUAAUUAUAAUUUUAUUUUUAAACAAAAUUUUACAGUUGGACUUUUUAAAAAUUAUUUGUAACCAUGAACAUUAUGUUCCAUUAAAUUUAAUAAACAAUAAUCUAAACAAUCUUUCACCUAUUUUCUCUGUGACAUCUAAUAUUGGAAGUCAGCCACUAUCAAUGGCUAGUGGUUCAACAUUAAAUGCUAUACAAGCUACAGUAAAAGAGUAUACCGAAUUAUCAUUAGGAUUUCGUCGGCAUCAUUAUUUGGUUGGUUUAGUCCUAUCAGAAUUUGUUACAGUAUUGCAGUGCUCUAAAAGGUAAAAUAAUAAAAAUUAAUAUAUGUGUAUUUUAAAAAUAUAUUAUUACAAUUUAAGUUUUGACUAAUUUGAUUUGUUUUGUAUGUUUUAAGCGAUUUAAAAGUUAAAGAAAAAGUGGUCAACUUAUUGUUAGGGCUUAUGUCGACCCAUGACACUAACUACCAUCAAGAUAAGUGGCCAUCCAAACGUAAAGCAUCUACACGAGUGGCUCUUAUGUAUUUACCUCUUUUAACAAUAGUCACAACAGAUUCGUCUUUUCUUAAUUUACUACAAUUAGAUUUCGAAAAUAACACUGAUACAGUUAAAAUUGUACUUAACAAUACCGAAAAUGAAAAUUGUUUUGAUGACAGUGUUGAUAAUUACAAAUGUAAAAUAUUACAUAAUAUUCAUCAUUGUAGCAAAUAAUAAUUAUUUUGUAUUCUAAUUUCAGCAUCAGAUACAAAUUCUGAAGAUAAUGUAAAUGCAAUUUCUGCUUCCUCAUUAAUCGGUGUUAAAAACACCACUGCAUCUUGUUACAGACAAAAUAAAACUAAUUGUCAGAAAUCUAAGUUAAAUUCGUUUAUAUCUACUAAAGUAUUGGCUGCUAUAUUGUGGAUUUUGAAAAAUCUUGAUAAUGAUGUAAUGCACAUAUGGCUAGCAAACUCAUCCCGUCAAAGAGCUCAAAAUACACUGUCAAUACUUACUUUGUGUAUUAAUCGGUUCUAUAAUAACAGUUAUAAUUAUAAAAAGGUUUUGCGCUUAAUUAUACUUAUAUUUUAUAAAUACAAAUAUUUAACAAUAAGUAAUACAUAGUUUAUUAAAUUUCAGGGAAAUUAUAAAUGUGCAAAUUGCAAUUCUCAGCCUUCAUUUGGUUCACCUACCAACUCCACUCAACCCCCUCACAGCGAAACCCAUAGUUGUAAUACUGAUAGUAUUAAUAACCUGUCUACAACGGCUUCCUCUACAUCACUGUCAAAUUCAUCAACAUCUCAAUUGACCACUACAGAUGAUGUUAAGUCAAGGCUUGAAGAUGUGAUUUUAGGUCAAGGAUCAGCAAGAUCAGAGUUGAUGAGACGUAAAGGUAAAGAAAGUAAAGUACAAUUAGUAAACAAUAUGAUAUAUUUUAAAAUAUUACAUUUUGUAUAUUAAAUAAUAUUUUUUUUUUCAAUAAAUCAGCUGGUCUAGAUACAGGCACUGGAAAUACAAAUACUACCAGUAAAGUGCGAUGGAGAAAGGACCAUGUGUUAACAUAUAAUAGACCAUCAUCCUUGCAAUCUUGUUAUUGUAGCGUUGAUGGCCAACAUCAGUUCGAUAAAAUAUUUGGUAUUAACCAAGAUCAAUCUGAUGGUGAAUUGGAUUUAGUUAAUGAAAUCGGUUUCAUAAUACUGGACACUAUUGAGCAGAUUAUUCAGGUUUUUUUAUUCAUUUCUAUAAAAUAUAAUUUUAAUUGAAAAUUUAUAAUUUGGUUCAUAAAUGUUUUUUGAUAGGUGGCUUCCUUGCCUUCAGGUUUAAACAAUUCUAGACCCAAUCAUUGGUCAAUACAUCGUGUUUUUGAACUUCUUCUUAGAGCCAUGUCUACUAUUAUAACCAACUCUAGUACUGCUACUACUACUACUACUACUACUUCCAACAAUCAGCAACAUUUCAAUUCUGCAUUAACAACAGCUGCAUUGCAAUGUAUGUUUGGUACUCAAAGAUCUAUGGUCACCAAGUUUCCAGAACUUUUAUUUGGUGAUGAUCGAGAUGAAAUAGAUUUAGAUGUGGAUACUGAUCAUGAUAAUAAAGGAAUCGAAAACUACCACUUUUCUACUAGUAGUCCAUCAUCUAAUCGGUGUGCUAACCUUAUAUUAAUGUUAUUGCGUCAUUGUGCUAUAAACUCUAGCACAAUUGGAGUUAGAGCACAAGCAGCUGCUUCCUUGUAUUCCUUGAUGCGUCAAAAUUUUGAUGUAGAAAAUGUAUGUAUAUGUUACUGUGAAUGUUACUGUGAAUGUCCCUAGUUGGUGAAUGCUGAUAGCCAUUGGUACAUCAAAGUCAAUGUUACAUGCUGGCAAUUUUAUUAAAUUUAUGCUGUUUGUAAACAUAUACUAGUGAAUAUAACAAUAUUAGGUAGACAUACUACUUAAUAUUGAGUAUUGUAAAAGUUGAUUAUUUUAAUAAAAUGUUAUAUUACCUUAACUACUUUUAUUAUAUUCAGAUACCAGGCAUGCUAUGCUGCUUCGCCUCAUCUAUGUUUACAUUCACUAGGUGAUUGUUAGCAUUCACCAAUUGUGGACAUUCAUAGUAAUAUAUAUAUUCAAAAAGUAUAUUAUCUAUUCAUUAACCUUUAUUUGUACAUGUUGUAAAAAAAAAAAAAUAUAAUAAAAUUAAGUUUUUCUAUUUAAAAAUUUCAAGUUGAAAAAUAAUGUAAUGUAAAUACAUUUAUUAUUUAUUUAUUUAUUUAAAUAAUAACUAAUUUCCUAACUCAUAUUUUUUCGCAUCUGUAUUCUGAAACACUUAUUUUUUUCUAUAAUUAAUUAUUAACCCAUUCAAAAAUACAAUUGUUCUUACAAUAAUAUAUUAGUUUUGUUAUGUUUUUUUUAAAGAAUUUUGCUCGAGUAAAGAUGCAAAUUACUGUGGCAUUAAGUACAUUGAUAGGAGGGACUGGAACAUCAACUACUACAUUUGAAGGCAGGAAAGAAGUUAUGUGUUUCAAUGAAGAAUAUUUGAGACGUGUAUUGAAGACUAUACUUUUGUAUGCUGAACGUGAUUCUGCAGAAGUGCAAAAUACUACAUUCCCCGAUCAGGUGAAAUAAAAUAAAUCAACUAAAUAAAUACAUAUACUUGUUUGUUCUAACAGUAAGUAUUUCAAAGUUAAAUUUCCUUAAAAUGAUUUGUUUAUAUUUAUUAACUAUAAUUUUUUAUACUAGCUAUUGUUAAUGUUGUUUAAAUUUAUAUAAUUGUAGGUAAAAGAUCUAGUGUUAAAUUUACACACAAUUCUAUCAGACACUGUCCAAAUGAAAGAAUAUAGUCAGGAUCCGGAUAUGUUAAUGGAUUUGAUGUAUCGUGUUGCUAAGGGUUAUCAACAGACAUCCUCUCCAGACCUACGUCUUGCAUGGUUAGAAAACAUGGCUCGAAAACAUAGUCAGGUAAUAUAAAUUGAUAUUAAUAAAUACUUAUAUUAGUUAUAAGUUACUGUUAACUAAAUGAGGUGUGAUCAAAAAGUAACCAAACUGUUUGAAUUUGAUGUGUAGGAUUAAUAGCACUAACUUUCAUGGCUUCUGAAUCCAUCUAUUUUUAUAAAUUCUCUAUAACCUUAGUUUUGAUGUAACUGAUGAUUUUAUAAAAUACAUUUUUCAAGUGUUGGCAAUUUUGUAAUGAAUCCAAAAGAGUCACUUAAAAUUUUUGAAGAGGAUUUUUCUUUCAUAAUGAUACUGGUAAUAAUUUUAAAACCAAAAAGUUUCUGGCCAACCUGAAUUUUCUGUAAACCUAGAUUUCCUUGAUAUUUCCUCAACAUUCUUGGGACAUAACUUUUGCUGCCACUUGGUGCAUUUGCAGUUUUACAUUUACAAUUUUUCAACAUGAAUCAUGUGAAAUGUUGCAUUUUCUGCCAACCAAGAUGAGAUCAUCACAACAAGAAAAAUUCUCUCCACCCCUUCCUUCUCCAUAAGGGAUCUUUUAAAUUCAUUAUAAAAUAGUUGAUAAACAAAAAAUAUAUUUUAUAAAACUGGUUAUAUCAAAACUAAGAAGGUUAUAGAGAAUCUACAAAAAUCAAUAUGCUCAGGGGGAGCCAUAGAAGCCAAUAAGAUGAAUCCUACUAGUCUUUGACACUGUGUUGGAGUGCAGUUUAAACAGUCCAAGUACUUUUAAUCAUAUCUCAUAGACCAGAAUUAUAUAUGCACUAAACAAAAGCUAACAUGUAGAGCAGAGGUUCCCAAAGUAGUCUAUAUCGACCCCCUGGGGUCGAUUCUGACCUGCAAGGGGUCCAUGUCAACGAAAAAGAAUAUUGGGGGUGCAUCAAAUAGGGGUCCAAAAUAAUAUAAAAUAAUUUAUAAGUCAAAAAUGUGUGUGUCGUAAUUUUUACAAAAAAUGUGUGUGACAAUGCAAAAGAUAAUGAUUAUUAUAACGAACAUUGUUGAUAACGACAGAUAAGAUUAAAUGUACACAUUACACAUUCAACCUAUAUUUUUAGGUCUCACUAAUAACUAAUAAGUAUCAUAAGAAUGAUAAACAUGAUAUCGGCCUAUGGUCAGAAUAUAUUAUUACUGUACGUUUAGUAAUUUAGUUCAUCCAUGCAAAAGUUUUAAGCAAGGACACUAUGAAACCAUUCAAGCUAGAAGAUCAUCUGGAAAGGUGUCACCCUGAAAAAACACCCUGAAGAUUUAAUAUACUUUUAAACACUGAAAGAAAAAUUUCAGAAGAGACCUCCCACGAUGGAUAGUAUGUUUGCUACCAAAAAAUAUGAUGAUAGCUUGCAGGCAUCUUACAAUAUCUCACUGCUCAUGACAAAAUCCGGUAAGCCCCAUACUAUCAGGAACAACUAAUUUUGGCAGCCAUUGGAGAGGUCUUAAAAACUGUUUUACACAGAUCUGCAUAUGAUUACUCAAAAAAAUUCCUUUAAGCAACAAUACAGUUCAAAGACAUAUUAAUGAAAUGAGUCAUGAUGUUGAAAGUUACUUGUGUAAUUAUUUGCAAACAACCUAAUUUUCCAUACAACUAGAUGAGUCAACUUUGCCUGGUAAUGAAGCACUAUUACUGGCAUAAGUUUCUUUUGUUCUGGACCAAAAAAUCCAUGAAGAACUGCUCUGCAAGAACUUUGACUACAGAAACAAAAGGCAAAUCCAUAUUUAAUGUUUUGAAAGAUUAUUUCCUGGAAAAAGCGAUCCCUUUAACAAAUAUAUCAGCAGCAACAGAUGGAGCACCUGCCAUGGUUGGGCGCUAUCAUGGUUUUCUAAAUCAUUUAAAACAGUAUAUACCCGGGCUGUUUGCAAUUCAUUGUGUCAUCCAGUAACAAUAUUUAGUUGCUAAAAAUCUAAGUGCCAGAUUACAUUAAUCUCUUCAGCUAAUCAUAAACACAGUAAAGAAAAUUUGUAAUUGAAUUCUAGAUUGUUUGCAGUUAUGUAAAGAAAAUGACGAAUAUUUUCAAUAAUUACUCUUCCACAUUAAAGUAUGAUGACUAUCGAAAGAAUUUUGUUUGACAAGAUAUUUUUACUUUUUGAGAUUAUUUUAGAGUUUUUGGGUAAUAAAGAUCCUAUAUAAAAAAAAAAUUGAUCCAAAGAAAUCAACACAUUGCUUAUUUAACAGAUUUAUUUGCUAAAUUUAAUGAGGUUAACUUGCAGUUAAAAGGUGAUAAUCUGAAUUUAAUAAAAACAAAAUCAAUUAUUGCAGCUUUUCUGGUCAGGAUUAAUUUAAUGAAGCAAGCACAUGAAUUUUCUCAGUUUCCCAAAUUGUCACAUAUGAACUGUGAUGAUGACGUUUUGGCCUAUGUUCCAUGUGAGCUAUAAAAAAACACCUAGAUGAAUUUGUAAAAAUUUAAUUUUAGGGGUUACGAAAUUGGAAAAAAUUGUCAUGUAGUUUACGGAAAAAAAAGUUUGGGAACCUCUAUCAAAAGAAAAAUUACAAUAUAUUUACUAAUAUGCACACAUUUUAAAAAUUUUAUCAAAUUAUAAAAUAAAAAUAUUAACCAGUUUUGAAUAAUGUGCUUUUAAAUAUUAUUUGUUUAAAUCUAUGCAACACAGUGAUUAUUUUAAAGCAGGUAUUAUUCAUGAAAUAAUAUAGUAAAAACAAAAUUAAUGUCAAAUUUUUUAUGAAUUAAAAUAAAUAAACUUAAACUAAAUUAUGAGUUAAAGAACUAUUCAAUAUUAAAAAUUAACUUUGUUUCAAAUUAUAGUAUAUUAUAAUACAAAAAAAAAAAAAACAUUCAAAUUUGUUUGUGACCAUCUGUUCGCUACAGAGAUUUUUGAUUCUGAGUGUAGCAAAAAAUGUAUUGAUUUUACAAUGAUGUUUAUUUUGUUUUAUUUUUUUUAUACUGUGACAAAAAUGUGUUCCUGGUGUUCAAUGCACUCUUGAUUAUGUGUGAAUAAGAAGCAUUACUUUGGCUUCAUUAGAACAGUAUAUAGACAGGUAUUCACUUGAAUUAUAAGAUGUACCUACUUACAUCUAAACCUAUAUAUAUAUUGAAACCAUAGAUGCCCACGUGUAUAUUUAUAUUUGUAUCUCACAGCGAAGUAUUAAUAUUAUUAUUUUUGAUUGUCAUUAAUUUAUUUAGUGAUAAUUUUAAAUUAGUUGUUAAUAAAUAUCACUAUUACAAUAUUUAACUACUGUUUUAUUAUACACAGUACAACUGAUCUUUAAUAUCUUAAAUUGUAAUCAACAUUCAACACAAUAUUAAUUCUCAUUUUUAUAAUAUUAUUAAAAGUAUAAAACAUGCAAAUUAUAUGCAUUAAUAUUCAUUAUGCAGAAUAAAAUUUGAUUUAUAAAAUCAGCUUGAUUUGAACCGCUCACAUUUUAAACUGUUAUGGUCUUGCAUACUCAAGUAUGAACAUGCAUAUGAUUCUGGUCUUUGCUUAUAACACUUCCUAUAAAUAAAAAAAAAGAAAAUGUAUCUAUGUAUGUAUACUAGUAUAUAAUUUUAUUUCUUUAAUGGAUUAUGAUAUAAUAUAUAUUAUUUUUUAGAGAAAUAAUUUUACUGAAGCAGCAAUGUGUUUGGUUCAUGGAGCUGCCUUAGUUGUUGAGUAUCUCACUACAACUGAAAAUCUGGAUUUAGUUGGUGGUAGAGGGGCAACUUGUUUAGAGUGUGUGUCACCCAAUGUCUUGGAAGAAUGUGCAGUGUCAGAUGAUGUUAUGGUAGUUAGUCAAGCAACGGAUCAAAUUUGUUUGGGUGAUGAAUUCACCAAAACUGGACUCGUCUCCUUAUUGGAUAGAGCAGCAGAAUUAUUCCAGAAGGUUAAAUAUAAACUAAUUUGGGUUUUCCUAUUUCAUAUUAGCAUUAAAAUGUUAAUUUUAUUAAUAUUUACAGGCUGGUAUGUUUGAAGUUAUGAGCCAAGUCUACAACAAAUUAGCAAUACCUCUCAUAGAAAAAACUAACAAUUAUAAGAAGUUAUCGGAUACGUAUUUGUAUGUAUAUUUUAACUGUGUUGGCAGUUACAAAUACCUAAUAAUAUAGUGAUAUUAUAUUAUAUAAUAUAUUUUGAUAUCUUAAAUAAAAACAAAAGUAAGGUUUUGACUAUUAUAAAACAUUGUCAAUGGUGGGAUAUCAAAAAAAAAAAAAUACUUUUAUUAAAACAAUAGUAGGGAAUAUUUUUCCUGUGUUCUGCACUCUUAAAAAACUUUUAUAGAUUGCAUUUAAAAUUAAAAAUGGAGUACUGAAAUGUAGAAAAAAGCAAUAUUUUAAAAAUAUAAUAACAUGGUAAUAAAAAUUGGCGGUAGAGUGUCAUUUACCAUGUAUUAACAUGUAUUAACCAAUUUAUGAAAAACAAUAAAUCUGAAAGGAAUGAAUUUGUUGUAGUCAUAGUCAUAGUAUAUAUUCCAAAUAUUCUCUAUAUUCCAAAUGAAUGACUGUUAUAAAGGGGUGCACACUUUCACUUUAACAGUUUUGCCAACAAGUAAAUUUGACUAUUAUGCAGCAGAAAACCUGCUGAGAUUCCACAAACUACACCCCUGCACAGCCCAGAAAUGAUUGUUUAAUUUGCAGUUACAAAGAAAUUCAUUACAAAUUCAUAGUUUCACUUGCUCUUCCUGAUAGAAACAAGAGAAACUGAAAAUGGCACUUAUUUCACUACCAAAAUAAAAUAUAUAAACAAAAUAUUGCACAUCUAUUUGUUUUUUGUCCCUAUUUCCAUGACCCACAUAUACAUGUAGAUAAUGUAGAUUAUUAAAUUAUAAAAUCAAUGAAACACUUAAGUUAUAGAUAGGAUUAUUAGAUAUUAUAACUGACACUGUGGCAUGGUAAGGUUAUUUAAUGUUUAUAAUAUGUUAUGCUAUUAUAAUUUAUCUAUUAUGAUAUUUUUAAGAAUUGUAUAAUGAUUUUAUGUAGAAAAUUACAUGAUGCAUAUGGAAAAUUGGAACGUUUACAAGGCCGCCGAGUAUUCGGAACAUAUUUCCGAGUGGGAUUCUAUGGUGCCAAGUUUUUUGGACCAGAUGGAUUAGAUGGAGAAGAAUUUAUAUACAAGGAACCGACUCUUACAAAACUAUCAGAAAUAUUUGGACGUUUGCAGGUAACUAGUAUACUAGUAUAUAAUAUACUACUGAUGGAAAAAAUCGAGUUUUGUCAAAAUUCUGAAUCCGAAAUCCAGAUUUUAGAUUUAGAAACAUUGAACUAGUAUUAUUUUAUGUAUUACUUAUAAUGAAGUUUUCAUAACUACAUUUAGAUAAAAAAAUUGAUUUUUUAAGUUGGAAUACAUAAUUAAAUGUUAAACCAAAAUUUACAUUUGGAAAUCCGAAAUCUUAAUUUUUAGAUUUUUGGAUAAUCCAAUUUGUAUAUCACUAAUAUAUACUUUACUAGUACUACCUACUUAAUACAAGUGUAAACAGCUAAUUUAGACUUCUCUUGUUAUUUUGAUUAUUUUUAUUUUUUUUUAUAAAAUUUAGAAUUUUUAUUCUGGAAGAUUUGGCGAAGAUUGUGUUACCAUUAUCAAAGAUUCCAAUUUGGUAGAUGUAAACACGCUGGAUCCAAGGAAAGCAUAUAUACAAAUUACGUAUGUAGAACCAUAUUUUGACGCAUAUGAACGGCGCAGACGUACUACACAUUUUCAAAAAAAUUUCAACCUGAGUAAUUAUUUACUGAAUCCUUGAAUAUAAUGUUUACCAAAAUUAAUAUUUUAAAAAUCUCCCAUGUUUUAGAACGCUUUGUGUUUUUUACACCAUUUACACCUGAUGGCAGAGCUCAUGGACAAUUAAAUCAGCAGUACAAACGCAAGACCAUUUUAACAGUUUCGCAUCAUUUUCCAUAUUUAAAAACACGGAUACGUGUCCAGAGUCGUCGAACUGUUGUAAUGGGACCCAUAGAGGUGGCUUUGGAAGAUUUGCGAAAAAAGACUGACGAACUAGCUCAUAGUGUGCGCCAGCAUCCUGCUGAUCCGAAAAUGUUACAAAUGGUCCUUCAAGGGUGCAUAGGUACCUACUAUCCAAUAAUAAUAAUAUUAUUAAAGCAACUAUGUGUUAUGUGUUUACUAAAUAAAAGUCAUCACUACACUAUACUCAAACAUCACAUUAGCUAACAUAUGAAAAUUGAUUAUAAAAUAGCAGAACUGCUAAUAACUUUUUAUUAGAAAAAUCCAAAUGUAAUCACUUUUAGAUUCAAAGUAAAAUGAGUAAUGUAUUGGUUUUGGCAAUGAUGUUCAUUAUUAUUUUUUUUUAUACUGUAUACAUUCUACCAGAAAUUUUGCUACCAGUUUUAAGUAUAGCACAUUUUCUGAAAUUAAAUUUAUUUAGGAUGGUACUUUAAGGAGUUUAAGGAGGUCAUUUUUUGAUUUUUCAAAAGAAUUGGGAAAACCGGGAAAAUUUAAAAAAUAAUGAUGUUAUUAUUUUCAAUUUUGUUAGCAAUGAUUAAUUAUUACAUAAAUAAAUACAUAAAUUUCCCUUCUAUAUCCCAUCUUCUCAUCUAUAACAAUGGCCCACUUAUCUUUUAAGUAAGUCCAAUUUUUUACUUUUUAUUUUCUAUAGCUUAUUAAUUAUUCUAGGGAUCUCUUUUUAGCCAUUAUUGUAGAAUAAAUUAAUUAUGUUAUCAGAAAUAUCUUCAUACAAAUUUAGAAAUCAUUAUAAUAAUUAUUAAGUUUAUUGUAUUUUCUUGUUACUUGGACAAACCAGGUUAAUAUUAUUUUACACAAUUUUGGGAAAAUAUUUCUUUGGAAUAUUAAAUGAAAACACUGAAAUUAGAUUAGUAAAAAAGUUUUCAUUUUUAAUUAAGAUUUAUUAUAAUAUAUUUUUUUUAAUUUUACAAAGUUGGAAAACAUUUCAAAACCAGCAUAAAUUCUCUUAAAAAAAAAAAUGUUGGUCACUUUUACACUAUUUAAAAAUAAUGAUUACUAGCAGUCUUGAUAUAAACUAUAGUAUAAUGAAUGAUUGAUGCUUGCAUAUUUUUUUCUUUUUAUAAUCUUGUUAAUGUUCCUUAUGUGAAUUUUAAUAAUCAUCUAGAAUUUUAGUAUCAAUAAGUUAUAUUUUUCAUAACAUGUCUUGACUUGAAUUUUAAAAUGCAAUGAAGUUCUUUUCUCAAACAAAGUCGUCCAACUGUUAUACAUUAUCACUGAAGUGUUAUUAGAUGACGAACAGGAAAAAAUGUUAUUUGAUAUUAUUUUCUAAGUUUUACUUUGUUUAUUUGACACAUGUUACCAUACAAAAUUCAGUGCUCUAGCCUCUAGAUUUAUGAAAGUUUUUUUUUUUUUUAAAUUGUUCUUAGUAUUAUAAUUUAUUGAUAUUUGUUCUAACAGGUACUACUGUGAAUCGGGGACCUAUGGAAAUGGCUACUGUAUUUUUAUCUCCACCGCUAUAUGAUAGUAAUCGUAGAAGUUCAGAUGCCCCAGAAGAGUCUUCUGCUGUACAACCGCCACCACCUCGAUUACAAAAUAAACUAAGACUAUGUUUCAAAGAUUUUUCAAAAAAGUAAUUACCUUAAUAUAGUUCUCUCCCAUGUUAUAAUUAAAACAGUAAAUUAAUAAAUAAUUGUAUAGGUGUGCUGAUGCUUUAGCGAAAAACAAAACUCUUAUUGGUCCUGAUCAGCUGGAUUAUCAGCGUGAAUUAGAACGCAAUUACCGCCGAUUUACUGAUCAGUUGGCCCCAUUGCUCAAAGCCUCCACUUCCUCUCCUCAGGGUGAUAGUUCCUAUGGCAAUAAUUCAACAAGUAAACGUGCACCCUACAACCACAAUCAAAACGGUGGGUGUAAUACCAUGAUGCCUGCCAUAAAUUAUAUUAAUGAUAAUCAAGAUGAGGAAGAUGAUACAACCAUUACAAAUAAUAUGAAUGCUGAGGUUAAUACAAUGAACAAUGACACAAGCUUUACUAUUUGA